AAUGUUACUUUAAACGCUGCUUUCACUAUAUAUUUUAGACUAUUCUCGGUAAGAAAGUGCAAAGACCUGCAUAUGUUGAGAAACCUCUUUUAGAAGAACUGCUUAGCUGUUCAGAAAAUACAGACGACUUUAAAACUGUCACCGGUACAACGAUGUGCACUGAUGAUUUUUAUGAAGGACAAGCCAGAUUAGAUGGAGCUUUUUGUGACUAUGACGAAGACGAUAAAAUGAAAUUUCUGAAUAACGUGAAAGCAAAUGGUGUUUGUAAUAUUGAAAUGGAAUCUCUUGGAUUUCUUGCCAUGUGUAAUCAUGCAGGAGUACCAGGAGCAGUUGCAUGUGUAACUUUACUUGACAGACUUAAAGGCGACUUCGUCAGUACGGAUUUCAGUCUUCUAAAAUCCUGGCAACAUAGGGCACAAAAACUCGUACUAAGAUUCAUCAAGCGACGGAUAACUCAACAAAACAGACACAAAAAUGGUUAAAUCCUCUCUGUUUUGAAAUGUCAACAAAUUUCCAAUUUAAAAGACAAAAGAAGCGAUAUUAAGCUCUGACAAGAUAUUUCUAUUGUUUGAAAUCUUAAUAUUUCAGGAAGAUUCCUCUGAUGAAAGCCAAAAACGUUCAAAUAUUUCUUGACUAUUACCUUUUAUGAAUUAGUUAUAUAUUUUGUACACACUUAUGUAUACUCUAGUUUAUAUAUAUAUAUACUAGAACAUCGCGGGUCCCUGACUGAUAUUAAAGUUUAUAACUAUG